ACACUUCUGCCGUUUUCGGGAGAAAAGCAAAGAAAGUUGAGUGAAAUAGACGGAAGUAUGGACCGGAAACUACACAGUGGCAUGCACCAUCCCACCCUGCGACUGCUGCAGGAGUCGGGCUGUGAAAUCUCGCCUCACAACCUGAUGUACCCCGUCUUCAUUGUGAGCAACGACGACGAUGUGCAGCCGAUCGCCAGCAUGCCAGGGAUCUCCAGGUUCGGAGUGAACCGACUGCGGGAUCACCUGGAGCCGCUGGUCAAGAAGGGACUGACCUCCGUGCUACUCUUCGGCGUGGUAGAGUCUGAACUGAAGGACGAGGAGGCCUCGAAUGCGGACUCGGCGGUGAACCCUGUGGUGCGAGCCCUGCCCAAGCUGCGGGAAUGGUUUCCCGACCUGCUCAUUGCCUGUGACGUGUGCAUCUGUCCCUAUUCCUCGCACGGCCACUGCGGCCUCCUGGGCAAGGCAGGCCUGGAGAACGGACCGAGCAUAAAGCGGAUAGCCGAGAUAGCCGUGGCGUACGGACAGGCUGGGGCCCACAUCGUGGCUCCCUCCGACAUGAUGGACAACCGCGUGCGGGCCAUCAAGCAGGCCCUGAUCGACGCCAGCUUGAACAGUGUCUCGCUGCUGGCCUAUUCCGCCAAGUUCGCGUCCAACUUCUACGGUCCGUUCCGGGAGGCGGCUCAGUCGGCCCCCAAGUUCGGCGAUCGGCGGUGCUACCAGCUGCCCAGUGGAUCCCGCAGCCUGGCCAUGCGCGCAAUUCAGCGCGAUGUCAGCGAGGGGGCGGACAUGCUGAUGGUGAAGCCCGGCAUGCCGUACCUGGACAUUCUGCGACAGACCAAGGACUCCUAUCCCUACCACACACUGUACGUGUACCAGGUGUCCGGCGAGUACGCCAUGCUCUAUCACGCCUCUAAGGCAGGUGCCUUCGAGCUGCGCGAUGCCGUGCUGGAGUCCAUGCGAAGCUUCCGUCGCGCUGGGGCCGAUUGCAUCAUUACCUACUACACCCCCUACCUGCUGGACAUAAUUGGCAGGACCGCCUAAAGAAACUGAAAGACUGAACCAUACGAAAGUCUCAAGAAGCGUGCAAUCACACAAAAUACAAUAUAUGUAACAUAGGUUCCUCGGGUUUCGUCUUUAGUUUUUAGAAUUGUCACUCUGUAAUUCAUGUGUAAUCACCAUUACUGGUGCUUCUGUGGCGUCGUCAGAAUACACUUCCAUAUACGUACAUACACAAUUUUGUGUAUCUGCGUAUCUGCGUGCUUAUCAAUCGAUCCGA